AUGAAAUAUAUUACAACUGUAUUCUAUGGGUUUUUAUUAUUUCUAAUUAUCGCAAUUGAUGUUAAGGCAAAACCAUACGAUUCAAUUUUAAGAUUUAUACAAAGUCAUUCUGAAGAAGAUGAAAAUGAUGAAGAACGCGAUAAUGACCAGGAUAAUGAAGGUGAAGAGAAUGAAGAAGGGGAAGAACGUGAAGACCACGAAGAACCUGUUAAAGAAGAGGAAGAUGAAUCUCAUGAAAACGAAAAUGAUGAGAAACCAUCUACUAUGAUUGAGGAGGAUAAAAAUAAACUGGAAGUAGCUGAUAAACCUCUGGUGGAGGAACCUAAAAAGAAUCCUUCAUGGGUUGACGAAGAGGAUUUAAUUUCUGAAUUCGAGUCUUCACAAUCUGAACGGGCUAAAGACUUAACAAUUAAAGCACUUCAGAAACGGAGGGCUGCAAAUUCACUUAGAGUUUACUGUGAAGGAAUAGAACAAGAGCUCGAAAAGGCUAAGAAAAGGACCAACGGAAUGAAAAGGCUUGAUAAAUACAAGCUAACAUCACAGUUAGAGUCCAACCUUGCACGAGCUUACUUAUUAUAUAAACAGGCAGAUUUGCUUGAUGAAAAAGCUCAAGAAGCUAACAAAUCCCUGGAGAUAUUACAUUCAAAUGAUAAAGAUAAAGUCAUAUUGAGAGAUUGCAAUAUGUUAAAAAUCGGUCCAUUAUCGUAUUCAAAUAGGGGAGAUAAUGUAAUUCACAAAACAAAAGAACCUUUGAUGGCUAAAUUAACUGGGAAUUCUCUAGUUCUGUACCAUAACAAACUUCCCCAAUUGACCUAUUACAUGGUUGACGUUGAAAUGCCAACUAAACCUGUAGAAUCCGCCUCCAGGUGCCUAACCUUCACAUACAGGGGAGCAGAUCAAGUGUUUUGUUCAGCCACUGAGCAAUCUGCACACGGAUGGAUGAACGCAAUAACAGAAGCCUGGUUUUGCAAGAAUCUAGGCAUAAAAGGAACACUCAUUAAUUUGAAAAAAAUUGAAUCAAAGAAGGAUGAACCAAUAUCAUUAUUAAAACAUGCUGUUAAAGAGGAUAAAAACAAGGGCUUAAUCAAUAUGGAAGUCUACGUUGAUGAUAAUAAAAAAACACACCUAUUGGUUGAAGGGAAGGAAAAGCCUUUAUCAUCAAUCUCUGAUAUCAUCGAUGUCAAUCAAAUAGUUAAAGGUAAUUAAAAAAAUCAUUU